UUAGCGCCCGCCCGCCCGCCCGCCCCACGCGAAGCAGAGAGAGAUGCGCCAUGGCCACUGAGAGCAGCGGCCCCGCAGGAGACGGCGCUCGGGAGGGAAGGACAGCGGGAAUGGUGGUGGCCGGUUUGGGCAGGAUGAACCAAGACCAGUUUCUGCUGAAGUGGAACAACCACCAGAAUAAUUUUGUCGAAGUGUUUAGCUAUUUACGUACGCAGGAUGCUUUUGUCGACGUUACCCUCGCCUGUGAUGGGAAGACAUUUUCAGCUCACAAGGUUGUACUCUCUGCGUGUUCGCCAUAUUUCCAGACGCUCUUUCAGACUAACCCUUGCAAGCACCCGAUUGUGUUCCUCAAGGAUGUCAAGGGACAAGAGCUGGAGGCUCUUAUAGAAUUUAUUUAUAAAGGAGAAGUGAGUGUAUCACAGUCUGAACUAGCUUCUCUGAUAAGUACAGCUGAAAAUUUAAAGAUAAAGGGUCUUGCGGAACCAGAAAGACCAACAGAAAAGACUGUUAAAAGAAUAGCCUCCCCUCCCAGACCUCAGCCCCCUCCCCUUCCCCCCCAGCCAGCCCCUGCCACACCUGUAGGGGUGACGCAGCAUCACCAGGUGUCAAAAUACCCUCAAUCUAGUCCUGUCGCUAAGCGGAAAAAAACAGAACAGUUCAAUGUACAGAGUAGUUAUGUUGGUGUUAGAGAGAACCAGGAGGAGGUUGUGACUGUUGAAGCGGGCAAUGGCGAGAACUUGAGCCUCCGCGGUGAGAACCUGAGCCUCCGUGGCGAGAACCUAAGCAUCCGCGGAGAUCACCCGGCCCCGCAGGUGGUGUUAGUGCCCUCCCACGAGCCUGCGCACCAACCGGAAGUCACGCCCCAUACGCCACAGCCUUACGCUAGUCACCACGGUCCCAUCACCGCGUCGGAGGGGGUCCUGUACUCGGUCUCAGGGACAGCCAUCUACGCGGGCACAGCACAGGUCAGCUCUUCGAGCAGAGGGGAACAGGUCCCUAGAGAAGUGUACCCACAAGGCGAUCAGUAUCACAGCAGUGACGAGGGAACCUUGCCCGGGCCCUCAGGUGUCCAGACGCAACCACAUGCUGAGGCUUCAAUGGUUAGUGGAAACAGCACUUUUCCUCUGCAUUGUAUUUGAUUUCAGUUGCUAAAUUCAGUUUUUAAUUGAGAUUAGGCUGAAGUUAGGCAGUACUUUCUUGCAGUGUGCUGACAGUUAUGAUAUGAAUCUUGAGUGGAUAAAGGAAAACCUAGAGGUAUUUAAGUAAAGAUAUGCCAGUGU